UUUCAAAAUUCGCUGGAUCGCGUUGCGGCUCGCAUGGGCGUCAGCGCAACGCACAUUCAGCACAAUCGUCAGAACCGCGAUCUCUUGGAGGGGGCACGCAAACUCGGCUAUGCGGCCGAGGUGGUGCCGCAGAACACUGGCGGCGAGGACCACUACUGUGGGUAUUGUACCAUGGGAUGCUCCGCCGCAGCCAAGAAGGGUCCCACGGAGACCUGGCUGGCGGAUGCAGCCAAGGCUGGAGCAGUCUUUGUCGAAGGCUUCAAGGCAGAUAAAGUUACUUUCACAACGCGAGGCAGAGAGCGAAUCGCCACCGGGGUGGAGGGGACCUGGACCUCCCGCGAGGCGUAUCUGUCCCGGGGCCAGAAGGGGGAGGGGAUCACAAGAAAGGUAGUCAUAAAGGCCCAGAAAGUGAUCAUCUCUUGCGGUACACUGAACAGCCCUCUGCUGCUUCUCCGGAGUGGGUUGCAAAAUUGGCACAUCGGCCGGAAUCUUCAUAUCCAUCCAGUCCUCUUUGGUGCGGCCGUGUUUGACGAGGACAUCCGACCCUGGGAGGGCUCGGCCCUGACGGCAGUCGUCAAAGAGUUUGAGAAUCUUGAUGGCCGGGGCCACGGGGCCAAGAUCGAAACCACGGUCACCAUGCCGCCGCUGUUCCUGCCCAUCUUUCCCUGGCGGAGUGGCCUCGACUACAAACUGUUCUGUGCCAAAUUGAGCGCCAUGACCAGUUACAUUGCUGUUACCCGGGAUCGUGAUUCCGGCCGCGUCUACCCCGACCCCGUCGACGGUCGCAUCCGCGUGGCCUACACUCCCUCCGCAUUUGACCGGAGGAGUGCCGUGGAGGCCAUGAUCGCCAGUGCGAAGAUCGCUUAUGUCGCGGGCGCCAAGGAAUUCCACGUCUCGUACGCCGAUAUGCCCCCGUUCUGCCGAUCGGAACAGGAGAAGAAGGACCCAGACGAGGAGGGCAUCAACAAUCCGGAGCUGCAGAAAUGGAUCACGCAGUUCCGCCAGCAAUCACCACUGGAUAUCGAGAAGGCGGGCUAUGCCAGUGCCCACCAGAUGGGAACCUGUCGCAUGGCGAGCACGGCGAGUAAGGGAGUGGUGGGUCCGGAAUGCCAGGUCUGGGGCACGCAGGGGCUCUAUAUCAUGGAUGCAUCGAUCUUCCCCAGCGCGAGCGGCGUGAAUCCCAUGAUCACCAAUAUGGCCAUCGCGGACUGGGCCAGCCGGAAUCUGUCGGAGACGAUGAGGGCACAGGGGAAGGCAUAAAUUGCAGGCGUGACUUGGCGGGCCUGGGGUCCGCUUUUAGGUUCGGUUUGUUCGGAAAGUCUUGUGCCCUUCACUCCAGAAUUCAGGAAGAUCUUCUCACAGGAGGCAAUGGAUAGAUCCUAACCUGCCGUGCUAAUAAUCUCUUUAUCGCUGUAGACUGAUUUUCCACCCACGACUCCCAGAAUAAUAAUCAUGAAAUCCAAUUUCUACAAUGAGAUUCAAAGU